UACCCAGAGCCUAGAGAGAACAGGGUAGGCGACGACAAAAUCUUAAUUUUUCCAAAUACCCAGAUACAAAAAUCAGUUCAUUAAUCGUUCGGCAGUGUUAAGUGUGCAAACCCCCUUAAGCACUCAUAUUUUCGUUAUCUCCGACGAAUGCCAUGUUGACCAGAAAACGCAAACAGAGUCGUGCAAGCAAUGCGCCACCCAAGCGGACUUGCAACCAGAGCCGGGCCAACAACAACAACAGCAACAUCGAAGAACCUUCAACGGGUCUGGGGCUAAAUUCAGGGGCUCCAGAGCCGGAGGAGUCUGUGUCGGUGGCAGAGGGUAACAACAACAGACCAGUAUCCGGUACGGGCUCAGCGGACAAUCAGGCGGGAGCCAGAGAGCAGGAACCACCUCAGCAGGGACCACCAGAACAGGAACCAACAGGCACGGGACUAACAGAAACGGCACCACCAGAACAGGAACCACCAGAAACGACACCACCCGGACAGAACCCACCAGAAUCGGCACAACCAGAACCGGAACUGCCACAAACUGAAGCGGCAGGGCCAGAAUCUCAGCCCCCUCGUUCCGUUCUAGCUGUUCAGGGGGCACCUGAAGAGGAAAACUUUGUUGGUAUCCAAUGUCCCAGUCCCGAACCGCUCCCAUUAUUGAUUUUAGGAACAGGUAACGAGCUUUUCUUGUAUCGACCUGUGGCCCAAUUGUGCACCGACAACCGUCUCGUGCGGCUGGAGGAUGUGGUGACCGGCGCUCGCCAGCCAACACUGGGUGCACUCGCGUCGGAAUUUUGGAAGACGCUUAAAAGUAAUAUCAUAACCUACAUACAUAAAGGCCCUCAGCCAUAAUUAAAUUAAUAAUAAAAAUAUCGGCCAGACUUAAUGUUGAUUUCCAUUCCACUAUUUCUCCUCCCUUGAUUUGUGAUUGAGG